GAGAGAGAGAGAGACAGAGAGAGAGAGAGAGGGAGAGAGGGAGAGAGAGAGAGAGAGAGGGAGAGAGAGAGAGAGAGAGAGAGAGAGAGAGAGAGAGAGGGAGAGAGAGAGAGGGAGAGAGAGAGAGAGGAAGGAGAGAGAGAGAGAGAGAGAGAGAGAGACAGAGAGAGAGAGAGAGGGAGAGAGGGAGAGAGAGAGAGGGAGGGAGAGAGGGAGAGAGAGAGAGGGAGAGAGAGAGAGAGAGAGAGGGAGAGAGAGAGGGAGAGAGAGAGAGAGAGAGAGGGAGAGAGAGAGGGAGAGAGAGAGAGAGAGACAGAGAGAGAGAGAGAGGGAGAGAGGGAGAGAGAGAGAGGGAGAGAGAGAGAGAGAGGAAGAGAGAGAGAGGGAGGGAGAGAGGGAGAGAGAGAGAGAGAGAGAGAGAGAGAGAGAGAGAGAGGGAGAGAGAGAGAGAGAGAGAGAGAGACAGAGAGAGAGAGGCAGAGUGUGCACAAGUGUUCACUUUCUCUGUUCAACACCUUGAUUUUCUCUUUCUUUAAGGACAGAGGAGGAGAAAAGAGGAGAAAAAAGGAGGAGAAAAGAGGAGAAAAAAGGAGGAGAAACAGGAGAAGAGAGGAGGCCCGCCCGGCUCCUGCUCCGUCCUGACUCUCAGCUCUGGAGAGGAGAAAAUUAGUUCAUUUCCUCCUCUUUUUUUAGCAGCUGCACAGCCCCAGAAGCUCCAGCAGGUGGCAAAGCACUCACCUCUCACUCUCAGCCAAUCAGGGCAGGGAGAGGCGGGAGUGGGCGGGGCUUAGGAAAAAGAGAGGGAGAGCCGGAGAGCUGAGAUAAAAAGUAAAGAGGACAGAGAGAGCAAGGCAGCAGAGAGCCGGGACUCCAACAGAGACUGAGAACAAGACGGAGGAGAAGGAGAGGAAGGAGCAACAGGUCAGCAGAGAGGAGGAGCAGGAGCAGGAGGAGGAGUAAAGACUCCUUCUUCGUGUUUGGGUUCAAACUUCCUGGAUUCUCAGAGAGAGAGAGAGAGAGAGCGAGCUGAGAGGAGGAAGAAGAAGAAGGAGAGAGCAUGAGGAGGAGAGAGGCUUCCUCAGGCUGGGAGGGUUAGGAGAAGGAAGGAAGUCAGGAAGUUAGAGCCAGGCGCCCCCCCGCGCUCCUCCUCCUCCUCCUCCUCCCCUCCUCCUCCUCCUCCUCCUCCUUCCUCCACUUUGUUUUGAAUGCUCUUCUGCUUCCUGGUGUGAGCUGAAGCCGAGCAGACACACGGCGAGCAGAGCUGCUGUCAGGAUGUCUCCGCCUGUCAGAGCGCCGCGCUGACCUCAGACCAGCUCCGCCUGAGAGAGGAGCAGCACGCCGCCGCCACCGCCGCCGCCGCUCAGGGAGGGAGGGAGGGAGGGAGGUCAUGGAUCAGCAGCCUGAGGAGGAGCAGCAGGAUGGAGGUGCUCUCACCUCCGCCGCCUCCUCUUCUUCCUCCUCCUCCACCUCCACCUCAUCCCCCCCGGCCACCAACGCUGAGCCGCCGUCCGCCGCCCCCGCCGCUGCCCGCUGCCACCACGGCGGUAGAACCUUCACAGGCCUGAGGAUCUUCUGCAGAAGGUGAGUCUCUCCUCCUCCUCCUCCUCCUCCUCCUCCUCCUGAACUCUCUGUCUCUGAACUUUCUGCUGAAGCUCCUCAGCGAGCGAGCGAGCGAGCGUGUGCACAGGAAGUGAUGCGUGAUACGGCCCAGCGCUGGCUGAGCGUGAAGGUGUGUGAUGUGGUGUCUUCUCUGAAACAGGAAACACAUGGUCUGAAGUUUCACUUCAUUCUGCAGAGAAGAAACAGAAACAGGUUCUUCUGAGGUUCUGAUCCAGAGACCAGACCCUGAAGACCCUGAAGACCCUGAAGACCAGACCUUCACCCUCAACAAAGUCUGGUUUCUGUCCUUCAGGGUGUCAGAUCUUUGGUUGUCAUGGUAACAGAGAGUCUGAGUGUGUUCACCAAGUCCUCUGAGUCUUUACGGUCUGAACUUUAGUGUCAUGGAGAGACCAGACCUAAACCGGGUCCCGGACUGGAUCUGAGGGCUGCAGAGAGACCGGAGACCGGCGGGUGGAGAGCGAAGCGCCCACCGUGACGAGGACGCUCGCCCUCCUCCAUCCGAGCGAAGUCGCCGUCUUUGAAAUCUGCGUUUAGCUACGAGGAAACAAACUCUGUCUGGUUCUGGUCUGAGCGGGCCGAUACCAGUUUGGGUCACCAGUUCUUCAGGAGACCAGUACCCGGGUUCAGGACUGAUCCGCAUUCACAGUUUCAGGUUGUGUUGUUGGCGAGACACGAGUUCAACGCUGAUGACGCGUUUACAGGUUCUUCAGUCUAAGAGCUCAGAUCCAAACGGGUUUAAUCGAACCGUCAUCAUCAUCAUCAUCUUCAUCAUCAUCUUCAUCUUCAUCUUCAUCUUCAUCUUCAUCAUCAUCAUCAGUGAAGUCAAAGGUCAAAUAUUCGUCUACUGCUUCUUUAAGACGGCGAGGAGAGGUUGAGCUGUUUUUAUCUGAGUGUGUGUGAAGAAACAGGACGUCGUGUGUGUGUGUGUGUGUGUGUGUGUGUGUGUGUGUGUGUGUGUGUGUGCAGGAACAGGAUACGCUCGUCUGUUUCUCCACAUUCAUCAGAAGUUCAGCUGAACAAAAACCUGGUCUGUCCGUCAGAGUUUAAAGUUGUUUUAAAGUCGAAACAGUAAAAAUCUUCACAGUCGAGUCUCUGAUGAGUUUAUUCUCAGAGAGACGCUGCAGAGACGGGCGGAGCUCCUGCUGUCCCGACCAGGUCUGAAACUCCAGACCCCCUUUAGUCUUGGGUUGUGGUUUAGAUUUUCAGUGUUUGGAGACUAAACCCAGAUUUCUGACUCUACAGUCACGUCGGUCGUUUAAUGUCAAAGUUUUUGGAUCAGGACGCCGUGAGUGUGAGCGAGAGGAGGAAACAAACACGUCUGAAAGUCAACUAAACACCCCCUCCUCAAAAUUUACUCCGGGACAAAAAAAAAAAAAUUCUCAAAGUUUCUCAAAAGUUUUUCUCAAAGUCUCUGAAAGUUUUUCUUUCUCUUUUCUCUGUCUCUCCUCUGUCCUGUAAACCUCUCAGUUAAAGAUUAUGGGGGUCUAAUGGGGUCAGUGCGUCAUAAAGAAAACAGAAUUUAAAAAAAAGAAACCAGCUGAAGUGAAGGUUUGAGGUUUACUCUGAAUCUUUAGGACAGGAACACUUAAAGGUCCAAUCAAAGCUGCACAACUUUGCAUUUUAGACCAUUAAAAAAAUAAUUUACAGAUUUAAUUUUCCUCAGUGUAAAUAUUUAAGAGCUUCAUAAACAACAAGAAUCUGGAUUCCUGUGUGACUCUAAUGUGUCCUCUAUAUUUGUUUUAUUUCUGUCUUUAUUUCCUUUUAUUUCGGUCUUUAUUUCCUUUUAUUUCGGUCUUUAUUUCUGUUUUUUUUUUAUCUUUAUUUCUGUCUUUUUUUGUUUUUAUUUUUGUUUUUAUUUCUGUCUUUUUUUGUUUUUAUUUUUCUUUGUCUUUAUUUCUCUUUUUUCUGUCUUUAUAUUUGUUUUUAUUUUGUCUUUUUUCUGUCAUUUUUGUCUUUAUUUUUCUUUUUUUCUUAAUUUAUUUUUCUUUGUCUUUCUUUCUUUCUUUUUUUUCUUUCUCUUUUUUUCUGUCUUUAUUCUGAUGCUCUGCAGAGGCUUCACUCCGUAUGUGUGUGUUUUAGAGUGUGUGUUUGUGAAUGUGUGUGUUUGAGUGUGUGUGUGUGUGUGUUUUAGUGUGUGUGUGUUUGUAUGAGAGUGUGUGCGUGUGUUUAUAUGUGUGUGGGCAUGUUGAAGGUUUAUAAUGUUUUUUUUCUCGUGUUUUUCUCUCAGAAAUAAAGUUUUUGUUUUUAUUGUUUUAUUUCACAGUUUUUUUUUUUUAACUCAUUCAGGGAUUCAGACUCAGAGACCAGGUUUCAGGACUGAUCUGAUCCCUGACUCUGAGUCCGGUACCUAAAGUGAGUCUUGGUUCUCAGUCUGAGCAGGAACCUCACAGAGACUCUGAACGAUGGUGACCCUGUCCGCUCUGACAGUCUCCGAGUUUCUGUUGGUCGUUUCUUUUCUCUGAGGCGGACAGAAACCUGGACCCAGAUUAGAAACAGAGACCAGGUCUGGGUUUGGAGGGUCCAGGAAGUUCCCGGUCCUCAUGAAGGUCUUACUUUCUGAGUAUUUGAAGUAUUUUGAGUCCUCCUCACAGACCGAGGACCUGGAGGACUUUGAGUUCCUGAUCUCAGGUCCUUGUGGACCCCUCAGGACAGUCUCAGUCUGGAGGUCCAAACCCAGGAACUUCAGGAGAACAGAGACCUGGACUCAGUCAGUCCAGGUCUUACUGAGGUCUAGUCUGGUCUUUAUUGUUGCUCUGGUGUCUCUCCUCUUCUUCUGGAUGAUCCUCCAGAGAUCCUCCAUGGGGUCCACCUCAGACCAGGUUCUGGUAGUUCUGGUUCUGUGGGCAGGGACCAGGUCCUGGAUCUCCAUAGACCCUCUCAGCAGAUGGAGGUCUCUCAAACCUCCUGGUUUCUUAUUCUCCACAUUUUAUUUCUGAAAAUCGACAAUCGGCGAGUUUUGGCCGAUUACCGAUUCGUCUCAAACUAAAAUCGACCGAUUGGGCCGUGGUUCCUGGUCUUCUGGUCCAGUUCUGGACUCUGGUUCAGGAGGGUCCAGAUAGCAGGAACAUUUGUAGUCCAGAUCCAGGAGGACGUCCUGGUCCUCAUGUCAGACCGGUAUGUGUGUGUGUGUGUGUGUGUGAGCUCUGAGUAACAUCAGUGUGUGUGUGUGUGUGUGUGUGUGUGUGUGUGUGUGUGUGUGAGUAACAUCAGUGUGUGUGUGUGUGUGUGUGUGUGUGUGUGUGUGUGUGUGUGUGUGUGUGUGUGUGUGUGUGUGUGUGUGAGCUCUGAGUAACAUCAGUGUGUGUGUUAGUCAGAGUCUGAUAGUGGAAACUAAACACAGUCACUCCUCACCAAACCUCAGAGGAGAAAUCCUCGUUUUUAUCGUUUCUUCAGUUUCCGUCUUUUAACUUUAUUAUUUAUUUAUUUUAUUUAAAACUUUAAAAGUUUAUAAAGUUCUUUAACAUUCAGGAAAACAGAGAAGAUAAAAACAACAAGAGAACACUCAGGGGAGAUGAUGCAAUACCGACAAUAAAGAAAUAAAAUGAAAUAAAAAUCGUUGGACGACAUAAAAGCUGUGAUGAACGUCACAUGAGCGGAGACGUCGUUAAAACAAAGAUAUUAUAAAAGUCUGUGAUACUCAACCAACACAGGAACCCAACCACAGAAACCUGAGACUAAGGGGCCGAUUAUAAAACAGGAACCAGAAGAGUAAAAGGUUUUAAAGAGGACAAAAUCACAGAAAAGAGAGUCUGUAAAAAUGAAGACGUGAUUUAACAUCAGUGACCUUCUCUGAACACCUGAUCUCUUCAGGGACGUCGUUCCAAAGUCGAGGGGCCCCGAUGGAAAAGGCCCCGUCACCUUUAGUCACAAGUCUCGACUUUGGAACGACCAGGAGGCCCCCGCUGGAGGAUCUGAGGGUGGGGUCUGGCUCAUAGGGGGUUAAAAGUUCUGUUAUAUAGAUCAGAGCCUUCAGAUAGAUUAGAGUCUUUACUGCCGUGAAAGUGAGGAGUAAAGUCUUCAAAUCUAAAACUAACAGGAAGCCGAUGUAAAGACGCUAACAUAGGGGGGAUGUGACGUCAUCUGUUAGAACCAAUCAGAGGCCGAGCUGCUGUAUUCUUCUUCUUCAGUUUUUCAACAGAGGGUCCAAAAAUGAAGUCAGAGUGGUGAGGCAGAGUACAGUUUGAUAUGUGUGAGAGCGGCCAUGUUGGUACAGACUCAUGAAGUUUCUGUUUGUUCCUGUUUUUGUCUCUUUGAAGCUGCAGACUGAACAGACGAUCGGAGUCUCUCUGAUGGCGAGGAGCUGACGCUAAAACUAACCCCCAAUUUCCACCUCAUCUGGAAUGGCGGCGAUUUUUCGCUGAUCCGUUUGUGAGGAGAAUUUUAUGGCAGAUUAAGGACAGCGGUAAUCUGAGAACUCACAAGAACCUGCAGAUUCACGUUCAAUCACACGAUAACGAGUUGUCUCUCUAAAGACAGACACAUAGACAUAUAAGCAGUAGAUUGUGUCCUUCCAGAGGAGGAAAUCUACUUCUAGACUUCUAGAAUCAGCAUCUCCUCAUCCAUGGUGUCAUCGGGGUGAAAUGACGUCUAAAAACCUUUCACUUGUUCGUCUCCGAGUGUUUUAUUUUGAAAAGAAGCCGGAUGUUUUAUUUUGUGUCUGUGCCCGACUUCCUUUCCAGCACGGGUUAAUCUGUGCUGAAUUUAUCCGCCAUGCUCCGGCGUCCAGAAAAAAUAGAACUCUUGUGAUCAGCUGAGGAGUCCGGCGAUCCGCAGAAGAACGGAAAGAAGUCGGUGUAAAUUGACACGUUAACUUGAAUGGUUACGAUCAGCUACGAUCGGAGGAUACGACCUUUUAGGAGACGAUCAGGAUGAAGGUGGAAGUUGUGUUCAGGUCAGCGUCUCAAAAUGAGUUAACUGACUCGUCAGCAGAAAACUAGCUGAGGUCACACGUCGGGUCUGUCUGUAGUUUGUUACUGAUUCCCUUAAAAACAGAGAAAUGUCCCUUUAAAAGAGUCACUGAUGGAGACUUUAGACUCUCUCAGUCUCUGUUUUUACUGGUCCGGGUCGUAAAGAGGCUUCAGUGAAAACUCUUCACUGGAUCUUUAACGUCCACUCAGGACCGGAUCUCCUCCUCCUCCUCCUCCUCCAGGAAUGUGGAGCGGUUCUGUGAGCGGUUCUGUGAGCGGUUCUGUGACGGAGCAGCUGUGUCCCGGGUGGAUGAAGAGGUAAAAGUGCAGAUUCAGGUUCAGUCAGCUGGUUUAAUCUGUGGCUGAUCUCAGGGGUCUCUAAUUAUAGCUGCUAUUAACGGAUUGGACUGCAAUUAAUCAGCGCCGCUCCUUUUAGAGUCUGAUGGGAGGAGCCUGUGACUCCAGAGGAUCCAAUCUGAGGGAUCCCAGGACACGGGACCGGAGCGGGGCGGGGCGGCGGGGGGAUUAUGGUUUUCAGCCCUUAUGACAGAGAGUCUUCAUUUGAAUGUCUGUUGGAGCGCAGCGCCCCCUACUGGGGACAGAAACUCGACUAAGAAAGACGAGGAGACGAAGUUUGAGUCUCAGAAAUGAUCGGAAUUAGAUUUUAUUAUUUAAUCGUUUUAAUGUCGGACACUCGGAUCACAAGAACUUCUCAGAACCUGCAGUGGUCCGGUUCACAUCAGAGCCACGGUGGUCCAGGUCUUUAAGGUCUCUGCUCCUCUCUCACUGGUUUUAUGUGUGUGUGUGUGUGUGUGUGUGUGUGUGUGUGUGUGUGUGUGUGUGUGUGUGUGUGAUUGAUGGAUCACUCAGAUUCCUGAUUAUUGAUCAGUUGGACUCUUGGUCCGGAUGUGGACCUGCAGCCUCUCUAACCUGAUUACAGCAGACUCACUCACUUCCUGAGAGCCGGUCCUCCUCAGUCCCUCUAACUGGACUCCACAGCCCAGAAGAGUUCUAGAUAAAAACCAGGACCGCCCCGUUCUCCUGGGUCAGAAACUGAGGUCACAUGAUCCCCCCUCUGCCUGUUGACACAAAACAUCAGAGUCCGGUCCGUCUGAACGGCAGAACUUUGGAGUUAAUGGGACCUGUACUCAGGAUUUUGGACCCUGAGGGACAGAGGUGUGGUCCUGCAGAGGUAGUGCUGAUGACCCGGGUCAGUCCGGUUGGAUCUUCUUCUUCUUCUUCUUCCUCUUCUGCGACAGUUUUUGUUCUGCUGUUGUCAGUUAGACUCCGGUUUGCCGUCUGCCUCUCUGAGAACAGCGCCCUCUGGUGACAGGCUGCAGUGUAGGUCAUAAGCCCCGCCUCCUCCAUCAAACUUUCUAAAUGAAUGACACAGAAUAUAAAUGUUUCUCCCCCCUGGUUGUGAUGUUGACAUGUAGUUACUGUCAGACUGGUUUGUGCUCAAGUCCUCUUUUUUCUGUACAGCUCCAUUUUUAAAAGUUAUUAGGGGGUUCAUGUUUUCUAUGAUUGACACCUGAUACAGCCAAUGGCAGGACAGAGAUUGAGUAGAUCACCGGGGGAUACGCUGUUUGAGCCGAGCGUCAUCACAGAGACUCUCAGUGACCCUCCCUUCAUAAAACGCUGCUGCGCACCGUUGGUUUAAGGAAGUGGAGAGAAAACACACAAUCACCGAGAACCUUUCAGCUUCAAAUACCGGCGGGGGGCGGAGCCAAGUUGUCCAUCAAAUAUACAGUCUGUGUUCAAAACCAGCAGCUCCGACGUCAGACUCUUCUGUGUCUGUCGGGUUUCUUCAGGUCGUGUGUGUCGGGGUAACCUCGGCGUGGAGAACAGGUCUGCUGUCGUACAAGCUCGGUCACGUCUGUGUGACACACACACACACACACACACACACACACACACACACACACACACACACACUCACACACACACACACACACACACACACACACACACACACAGAUCAGAUGUUGCUGUCUGACUCCUGCUCUUAUUCUGUUUCACUGACGCUCCUCCAGUCUGACACUGGCCACGCCCCCUUCUGUGACGUCACAGCGAGCCUUUCACCUGAGACAGAUGAUCAGGUGACACCCCUGACUGCAGCAGGGUUCAGGUGUUCCUUAUUCCCUGAGUCGAGUCUCACAGGCGCCUGGUUGGUCAGAGCGGUUUGAUGUUUGUUUGUUUGGAGGUCAUGAAUGUUAGGAGGAGAACCCUGAGGAGCUCCACAGGUUCUGAGGAGUCUCAACCAAUCAGGAGUCAGCAGGCUUUAGAGAGCAGAAGCAGGAGGAGCUCAGUCCUCCAUCAGGACCUCCAGACCCCAUGGUUGGAGAUCUGAGGAGGAUCUCUGUCUCUGUAUGAAGGUCAGCGAAGAACAACUAAACAUCUGAGGGAGGACCAGGAGACCAGAGAGAAGAUCUGAGAGACGAUUGACAGAGAAACUGAGACUGUCUGUCAGUCCAUGAGGGGGUCUACAGUUCUGAGGUCGAACCAGCAGAAAUAAACGUGUGUUAAAGAGAGUCAGAGGUGUGCUGUCGUGGUCGUGGUCGUGGUCGUGGUCGUGGUCGUGGUCGUGGUCGUCGUUCACAGUGGGAGGAGAUUUGUUUUGAGUUUCAGGUUAUCUGGAUCUUCAUGAUGAAAACAUGGAUGAAGGUUUUUACUCUGUAUGAUGUAACUGUGAGAAAUGAAGGAGGAGGAUUUUACACUCAGAGCGUUUACAGUCUUAUUGACGUGAACGUGUCCUCCUCCACUUCUUUUUCUAAAGAGGAGACCAACGCUACUCCUCUACUCUGGGGUUUUUGAUACGGGGUUACGGGGGCGUGGCCAAUCAUACUCCGACUACGCUGGUUACAUGGUAGAGAAAAUCGUAUUCCAAUCUCAUUAUCUGGGAGUUCUUAAACUCUGAUUAUAGUCGGACUAAGGUGUUUACAUGACCUUCAGUUGUCCGGUCUUUAUCGGAAUAAGGCGAUAAUUCGGUUUUCUCAAAUGUCAUGUAAACAGACUGAAUGAUUUCUACUGGACUUCGCCUGAAACGUCUCGACUAAGUCCAGUUGUCCUUUCAAUGCGUAGAUUCCCACUCCAGAGUCAUGUGACUAACCUGUUGGACAACGUUGGUUUGAAAUCAUCUGAAAACCAUAAAAAUCUGUUUUAUUUCCGAUCAUUUUAACCCUUAAAUGACUUCUAAACUUCGUCCCUCAGAGUUCGGAGUUCUAAGAUGUUCACAUGACCUUCAGCUGUCCGGUCUAAAGGUCCUCACACACCGGGAACGACGCAAAUGUACGACGUGAAAUUACGAACAAAUUUGGUGGGGAAUUUUGACGUGCCUGACUUUAUAAAUACGGUUUGUUGUAUCUGAACAGGUUAGCUUAGAGCUAAAGUUACGUUAGCACAGAUGAAAGUUCAAACAAAGAUGUUUAUCAAACUGUUAAAGCUCACAAACCAUCGUCAGAUGAGAAAUCCGAAAUCUUGUUUGUGUCUUUUUUUUAAAAGUCACUCUGUUCUCCGACACGUAAACAAUCAGCCGGUCGGCCAUGUUGGAUAUACCGCUGAAUCUGACGUCACAACAACACGAGAUCUGAUUGGUCAGAAGUGGACACACAGUAUGAGAGACUUUAGCAAAAAUCGACUGUGAUACAAAAAAAUAAAUGCCGCAAUAUCGCAGGACGGGAAAACGUCGCUGAUGUGAACGCUUGUGUUGACAGGAUACGGGUUCGAAAAAAAUAUUGACGUCUGAAAUAAUCGCACGAAAAAAACGCUCCCGGUGUGAAAGGAGCUUUAAUCGGAAUAAGGCGAUAAUUCAGUUUUCUCAAGUGUCAUGGAAACGCACUGAAUGAAGCUGAGAUCCAGUUUAAGGUGAACCAGGACUCAGAAACAGACGGAUGAUCCUCAGAUGAGGGAGUGAUGGUGGUUCUGACAGAGAGCAUGGAGGAGCAGGAGGAGGAGGAGGAGACAUGAGUCCAUCUGAGAGAGGAGGAGAACUUAGACUGGACCAUAGAGAGACACAAGGACAUGGACUUUAGCUUUGACUCUGUGGGUCUGAGGAGUUCAGAGUUUAGUUUCUUUAGUUUUUCUUCUUCAGUCCUGAUGAACGAGGAAAAACAAACAGACUGACCCUUUAAAGACUCCUUCAUAAUCAGGUCAGAGAACACACUCACUGUUUAGGUGUAAAUGAAAGCUGUGUGUGUGUGUGUGUGUGUGUGUGUGUGUGUGUGUGUGUGUGUGUCUAUAUAAGGAAGUAGGCUACAGCAUCGUCCAGUUUUAGAGCCUCAGAGGAAACAGAGUCGAGUCAGAAGAACAUCAGACGUAUUCAUGAGGAGAAACCUGAGAGUGUGUGUGUGUGUGUGUGUGUGUGUGUGUGUGUGUGUGUGUGUGUGUGUGUGUGUGUGUGUGUGGACCCAGGGAUUACACAGACCCAUUUCCAGGCCUAUCUUUGUCACUCUCUUGCCCUGUUUCUAUAAAUAGUCUGGAGCAGAAGGGACUCUGACUCCCAGUGAGGAGGAGGAGGAGGAGGAGGAGGAGGAGGGCAAGAGGAGGCACAUCCAGAGGGAGCAGUGAUGGUAGGAGGAGAAGAAGAAGAAGAAGAAGUGAAGGAGGCAGGAGGACAGAGAGGAAAAUGAGGAAGAGGAGGAGUGAAGGGGAGGUGAAGAAGAAGGGAGGACCAGGAAGGACAAGGUCAGGGAGAACUAGGAGGUCAGAGCAAGGAGGAGGAAGAGGAGGAAGAGGACCCCCACAGUGAGUGAAGGACUGUGAGACUGAGGAGGAGACCUGAGAAAGAGGAGGAGGAGAGGAGGAGGAGGAGAAAGAAAGGAGGAGAUAAAAAAGAGGAGAAAGACGAGAAAAGAAGUAAAACAACAGAAGAGGAGACGACAGGAGAAGAAGAGAAGAAGAUCAAAGAGGUCAUAAAUAAAUAAAGGAGGUUAAAAUAAAGAAAAACUGUUUAUAAAAAUCAGAUUAAAAAAUGAGUGCAGUUCAUGAUCUGACCAGCAGAGGGCGGCACAGACACAGUCAGGAGGUUUUAGACAAAGAGAGUUUGUUUAUAUCAGGCUACAAAGACAGACUGAGGUUUUAUUAAUAUCACUAUAUUACUGUAUUAUCAACGUUAUUAUUAACAAUAUUAUUAACAAUAUUAAAAACAUGAUGAUUUAUAUUAUUAUUUUUUAUUGCCAUUAAAACAACAAUUAUUAUCAAAAUAAUUAUUGACAAUAUUAUCUACAAUUUUAUUAACUUUAUUAUUACUAUUAUUACUAACAUAAUAUUAACAUUACUAUUAAAAUUAUUAUUACCAUUAUAUUAACAUUACUAUUAAAAUUAUUAUUACCAUUAUUAAUAACAUUAUUAUUAAGAUGAUUAUUAUUGUUUUAUUACUAAUAUAACUACCAUUAUUAUCAAUAUUAUUUACAUUAUUAUAACCAUAAUUAUUACCAUCAUCAUUAAAAUUUUAUUUUCACUGUGUUUUUUUUUUUCUUGUAAACGUCGGGUUCUCAGAGUCGGGUCGGUGUGAUGACAGUCCGGUUCUCAGAGUCGGGUCGGUGUGAUGAUCCGGCGGCAGGAGGCCGUCUCCUGAUCACAUGUAUUAAUCAGAUUGUCUGACUGACUCAGUGAUCAUCCCUCACUCUCUCUGCUCCAGGAUCAGGUUACAGAGCUCAGACCCAGACCGGACUCUGGGAUCCACCUGGUUCAGGUUCACUGUGUCAUGAGGGGUCAGAGGGGAGGUCGGAGGUUAACCAUCAGGAGGUCAGGGAGGUCAGAGGGUUUGGUUCCUGUUGUUAAAGAACCUUGAAGUUCCUGAACUUUGUUUCCAGUUUAUUUCUGAGGGUGUUGUUGUGACCUGCUGGGUUCCUGGUUCUGGUUCUUGGUGUCCUGAACCACCUUUGAUCCAACCAGGACAGGAGCCGCUGAUCCUUUAAGCCUCUCUCAGGUAAUCUGUCUCCUCGUUUAAAAGCACCAACCAGGAAGUGGAUAUGAUGACCGCCAACACUCAGAGUGAUGUCAUACGUGGACCCGGGGUCAGCGGGCUCAGGUGGAUCAGAACCAGGGUCCGCUGAAUGGAUCUGAGUCUGUUUCUGAGUCGUCGUGAUAUUUUCUGUCGUCCUCGGUCUCUCUCUGUGUCGUCAUGAAGAGUCACAUGAUUUAUUCGCUGUUUUCUCUCGGUCUGCGACUGUUUCGGUUCGUUUCAGAUCAUCUGCAGGUUCAACAAGAUAAAAAAUCAGAGCUUUUUAAAAAUCCACUUUUAGACCAUUUUAAAACCCACUCUCAGGGACCAACAGGAACAUGUUGAUCUUUAAGGAAACCUCCUCCUGGUUGCCGUGCAGCUGACUCCAUAGCAACAGCAGAAGCAGGAUUUCACAGUUCAGUGACGUACGGAGGCCAAAGAGGGCCGUGAAAAUGUGUGAAAUAAUAAUAAUAAAACACACAUUCAUACAUGAGUGAGUGACUAAAGGGUCAGACAGUCUGUCCAUCAACCUCAGUUUAUUUUUGUGUUUUAAUAAGUAAAUAAAUCUAAUGUAUUUAAUGUAAAACCUUUUAUAGAGAAGAUUCACAGUAAAAAUAUUAAAAUACAAUCGUAAAUCAAAAUGAAAACGGCAUAAUUAAAACAUGAUUAAUGUGAUUAUUGAUCACUUUUCUAACAUUCAGAAAGGAACAAAAUAGAAAUGAUGUCUGUUAUCUUCUGUAUGAUAAAAAAAUUAAUGUAAAAAAUUAGAUUUUACUUCUGAACUCCACGAUUUUUAUUUCUAUCGUUUUAUUCAGUGAAGUCAGACUUUAGGAGAGGAGAAACUUCUCUGAACUUUAUAAAAACGACAGAAUUUCACAUGUUUUGUGUUUGAAAAAAAACUGUUUCUUACUUUUUUAAUGUUGAUUUAGGAGUCCGAGAAGUCACAUUUGAAAACUUGAACAUUUUCAAGACUUUCUUAAAUAUUUUUGUUAGUUUUUUUAAUUUUAUAUUCUCAGAUUUUAAAAACAUUUAUAGAAAAAAAAGUUUUAGGGUUGUAAAGUCUUAGUUAUUUUUUUCAUUGUGAAAAAAAUCAUCUCUUCUUUAUGAUAUCAGUUUUAAUUAAACACUUCAGUAAUUAUUAACCUUUAAUGUCGUAAACUCACCUGUGGCUCCUCUCUUUAUUGGCACGUUAGUUCAGAACCUUUUUGGCCCCUCUCUGACUCCGUACUCUUAUAGUGACACAAACACUGAGAGGUAACCGGGUUUUUAACGCCUGUGUGCGUGUGUGUGUGUGUGUGUGUGUGUGUGUGUGUGUGUGUGUGUGUGUGUGUGUGUGUGUGUGUGUGUGUGUGUGUGUGCGCCCCCGCUCGUCCUCCUGUGUUUGAUUGCGGUUUAAUCAGACGGUCCAUAAUGCAGCAGCUCAGCCUUGAAGUGUUAAUGAAGAGUAUUCUGGGAUGUUGGAGAGGCUCCGAGCGGCUCCAUUCAUCUUCAGACCAGCUGGACCAACAAGGACCAAACUGAACCAGGAUCGGACCUGAUCAGCUGAUCAGAGGUCAGCUGAUCAGGUCUGACGGAGAGUAAACACAAACCUGAAACUGUUCUCAGAUCAGAUUGAUCCUCCUCAGAAAGAGAGUUAUUUUCAUUCAGCAGCUUAGUCUCUCUCUCUCUCUCUCUCUCUCUCUCUCUCUCUCUCUCUCCCCCUUCAUCUCCCUCUCUCACUCGUCCUCCCUCAGUCUGCUCUUCCUCUUCAUCCAUCAGGACUUUCUGACGCUCCCUCUCUCUCUCUCAGGUUGUAUUAAACUGAUCUAAACUCCUCUCUUCUUCUUCUCUGUCUCUCUCUGUGUUUCUGUUUGUAGUUUUCCUCCAUGUUUUGUAGUUUUUUCUGUAGUUUUUCUCUCUCUCUCUCUCUCUCUCUCUCUCUCUCUCUCUCUCUCUCUCUCUGGGUGUGUCUGUCCUGUGGUGACCUCGGUCCGUUAAACCUCGGUCUGAAUGAAGGAGAUUACACUCCUGAGCUUGUUUACCGUCCUCAUGCUGUCAGUCGGUGUUUGAUGGAGGAUUUAAAGGUGUUCAGGUUCGAUAGAAAACUCUAGAUCAGGAUCAUAGAUUCCUCUUUUAGUCCUGAUGUUCAGAUCACUAAAUGAACCGAGUCUGUGAAGAACUGAUGCAGGUUUGAGGUUUUAAGAGGUCAGUUUAAAACCGAGUCUCUUUGGUGGGUCGUUAUCUGGGUGCAAAAUUAAACCAAGAUCUUCAUUCGUUAUUGACUUAGAGACUCUAUCUAUCUAUUAAAAAACAUGAAAACAAAGUUUUAGAAGCUUUUAAAUGUUUCAAAAACUAAAAAGGUUUUUUUAAAUAUUUUGGAAAAAUAUUUAAAAACUUUUUUAAAUAUAAUUUUAUCUAAAAGAGGAAAAUAUUUCAUUAAAAAUAUUUUGGAAUCACAUAAAUUUUAGAAACAUAAAUUCUGAAUUUUAAAAAUGUUUUAAAAAUAUUUUUAUUCAACACUUUUCAAAAAAAACAAAAAAAUUGUGAAAAGAGGAAAAUAUGUCAGAAAAAAUGUUCUGAAAACAUAAAAAAUAUUUUAGACUCACAUAAAUUUUAGAAACAUAAAUUCUGAAUUGUGAAAAUAUUAAAUCUCUUCAUGUUUUUGGUCAAUUCUGUUUUUCCUACAUAAAUAUUUUUUUGUUAUUAAAUUAAUAUUAUUUUUACAUUGAUGAUGUUUCUGUAAUCUUCCUGUCGUCGACCAUCAGGGUCGUUAUAAAAAAACACAUAAAUCAAUCAAAGUGGAGAAAUGUUCAAAAAGUGGGAAACAGGAAGUAGAAAUCGAUCAAAUAUCGAUCAGAAACAAUCAAACAGGAAAACAUGAUUUAAGGGAUAAAAUGGUUUCUGUGUUUACGUGGACUUCCUGAAUACGGGUCUUGUUCUGGUCUGGAUCUUAUCGUGGAUCUGGUGUUUGAUAAAUCCUCGUACCCUGGUUCCUGGCUCAUUAGUACUGCUAGUUGCGCUAGGUGGCGCUGCUUCAGGUGGUGAAAAAGAUUUGAGGUAUUCCCCGACUUUGUGAGAACAUGUACUCGACAUAAUUUACAGUCCACAUUACUCUGCUUCAUGUCCGACCUCCAAAAACCAAAAUACCUCCACACCACCGACGUUUUCCUAACGCCAGUGUUGUGGUUGACAUUGAUGUGGUCAUCUGUUGAGCCUUCAUGGUCAUUUCUGUCGGGGGUAGCACUCAUUUUCUUUGUUUCUCACCAACAGUGCUGUCGGCUUCACCUGUUAAAGUGCUAUGGUUGGGUGGAGCUGCUGUCUGCUACGACGCUGCAGUUGGUUGAUACUUGGUUCUAAUUCAGAACAUGAUUGGUUCAGACCCGGAGAAACUCCACUUCUCAUUGGCUGUUCGUAUAGUCGACAAAAACAUGUCAGAAUGACGACUAUUGAAAAGGAUAUUGAUCAUGUUUGAUAUUGAUAUUGAAGGAGAUAAAUUUUUGAUAUUGUCAUCGUUUUAUCGCCCAGCCCUAUCUCCGUCUGUUCUCAGUGUUGGUUUUAUUCUAGUACGUCUAGAUCUGCGCUCUGACUGCUCCACUCGUGGUCAGAAACGUUGGUCGUCAGUCAAACCCUCUUUCUUGUCGUCAUGAUGAAUCCUCCACAGAAGUAGAUCCACCUCAGAGUCCGCACCGCCCCGGUUUGACUUUUGGACUCCGGCUCCUUCAGGGACAUUUCCUGUUUUUCGAUCACCUGCUGCUGCUGUUUCUUAUCUGUGUUUGUCCACACGCUGCAGCAGAUGAUCGGCUGCUCAGUGAGGAGUCGCUCUGCUGCUGUUUGUCUAACCAACAAUAGAUCCAUAAUGAGAGAGCGGCCCGUAUUUACUGAGUCUGGUUCUGCACACAGACUCAGAUAAAGCUGCAGGGAGUCCUGAAGAAGAGAACAAACAAGAACAAUAUGGAGACGAUGGAGACUCUGAUGUUUAAGGUUCUCUGACACCAACAUGUCCGAGCGUGACUUUGACUUUAAAGAUGAAAACAGCAGCAGACACGAGCACGACUCAAAUCUGACAGACCACUAGAAUGAUAAAGUCCGUCUUUAUCUAAGAGUUUGGACUCAGGUAGAGGUCUCUGGUGGUUCUGGAUCCUGGUUCUGGUUGGUCUCCUCUUUUAUGGUUCAGUUUGAACCUCAUUUGUCAAAAGUUUUUGAAGUGAUUCUGAGUUUUAUGUUGUUUAAAACUGAGGAUGCAGCAUCUAUGGUUUCUGGUUCUUCAUUGUCCUUCCCAUGCGGUGAUCUCCACUCCAGAGUCCUGUCUGUUUUUAAUGCCCUGAAGAUCAGGACCAUCCAGUCCUGGUUCUGGUCCUUCUCAAAUGUAAAGUUUGAAUCAGUUUUUCGUUUCCGCUCUGUGGUUCUGUAACUUGUACCUGAUUAAGAUCUUGAGGACCUGGUCCUGCUGGACUUCAGGUGUUGAAAGGUCUGAUCAGAGGGUGACCUGAGACCUGUGACUGUCGGCCUCUCAGACCGGUACAGGAACAGGUGAGAGUGAAGGAGGGCCUAUAAAUAGAGCAGGUUUCCUGCAGCUCGGCGGCGGCGGCGGCGUUCUCUGGGUCACUAAUCUGCUGAUUAUCAGACAGCAGCAGCGUUCCUCCUCCUCCUCCUCCUCACGUCACGUCCGGCCAAUAAACUCGGCCGAUCGGCCCAGUGACCCUGAAAAAACAGGGAGGGUCGGAGUGAGGAGACAAUGGCCGACUGACAGUAGAAUAAUGAAGCUGCUGUGUGAGGAGCUGGAUCCUGUGGACUGUCGUCACGGUCUAAUUACUGGUGUCAUGGUUUGUUUGUUUGUUUGUUGGGGGUGGAGCCAGCAGGUAGCCUUGGCCUUAAUGAUGAUCUCUUCCUGUUGUCGUGCUGCUCCCACCUGUGCAGAAACCCGCCGCUCUUCCUCUGAGGGUUGAAUAUUUCAUGUUUCUCUGUGAGAGUCGGUUUAAAACAGCCAAGUGUUGAUUCAGAACAACUAAACUUUCACCGGAGACCCAACCCUCGGCAGACUCCAGAAAUCAUCUCACUGAUCAGAAGGACCAGAACCUUCAGAACCCCCCGACCCAAACAUGUCAGACGUUCAGGAUGUUGUAAAUCAGAGUUUAUCGAUCUCUGUUUGGAGCUUCAGGCUGCUCGUCUGUGUCGGAUACAGAAAACUAGUUCUGUUAAAAAAAGAGAAUUUUUUCAUGUUAACAAAAGAGGACGACAAAAUAUUCAGUUAGACUCUGUGAAAAGAUCUACAGACUCCAGGAAGAAGAAAAACCUAAAACACUUUGGUAAAAGUCACAGAAACAAGAACACGAUUAACUCAAGAACCAAAUAGAAAACAGUGACGUUUCAAAAACGACCAAAACUGUGAGCUGGGUUAGCUUCAAAUUCAUUUCAACUUUAACAUUUUAGUGUUUUAAAAAUGUAAACACAGUUGAAAAAGUAAACUUAACCAUUCUGAAACGAUUUAGAUUUCCAGUUGAAACCUGCUAAAAAAAAUUAAAAAGUUAAUAGUUUCUGAAACACUUUCAACGCCUGGAUUUAAGUUAUUCUGAAUUCAAAAUAUCAUUUUUGGAAAAAGUUAAAACAGCUUAAGUUAAAAGUGCUUUAACUAUUUUUAAAAAAUGGAGCAAAAAGUUUCAGCGGAUAACCACAAGUUGCAGAAAAAUUAUUAUGUAUAAAGUUUUUGAAAUAGUUUCAAUAUUUUAAAUAAAGUUGGAAUAAAAGAGGUCAAAAAAAGUUAAUGUGACGCCGACAAAACCGGGGAAAACAGAAAAUUAAACGUUUGUAAAGUAUUUAAAAGAGUUACAGAGAAGUGACGACACGACAAGAAUUAAAACUGUGAGUUAGAAGUUACUGACACUUAAAAAAGAGAAAAGUUUCUUAAACUUUAAAAAUUUUUAAAAGUGUUUUAGGCGGUGAGACGAGUCAGUUUAGAGGAAAUGUGAGAAAUUUACGAGCCAAAAGUUUUAAAAACAUUUAAAAUAAAAAACUUUUAAACAGUUUCUAAUAAUUCUUGAUGACAGUGAAUUUAAAAACCGUGUUUUAGGUUUGAAUCUCUUCAGGUCAAAGGUCAUUAACACCCCCCCCAUUUAAAGCUACAGUAGAGGAUUUUAUCACAGACCGGCUGAGGCUAACCGCUUUCUCCACCCAACAGCUAGGGAGGAGCAUUUCAGGACUCCGCCCCCUCUCUCCGUCCAUCAUGGACACGUUUUUCCGCCGUCACUUUAAGAGGAAGGAGGUCGCCCUUCAGGGGGAUGCGGAGGGAAAAGCUCGCCAUCAGAGGAGGCCCAGCGUGGCGGUACCAACAAGUAAAGCCCGCCGGAGGUCCAGCGUCGGGCUGCCUUCCUCCACCCUCACCCAGCGGAGACGCUCCAGUGUCCAGCUGCCAGGAGGAGUGCCGAGCGCCGCGGGAAGUUGGCGACUGGCAAAGACAUCCAGGGACAAAAGGGGGGCGGGACACACCCGUAGGCGCUCCAGCACCACCACCCCAAACCUCAACCCCAGGUUUGCCGUGUGCAGGAAGAAGGUGGGUAAGCUGAGGACCAUCGACACACACCUGCUGGGGCCGUCCAUGCUGCUCGCCAGUCUCAUCCAGAUGGCGGAGGAGGAGGAGGAGGAGGAGGAGGAGGGCAUGGAGACCAAGCUUCCAGCAGGAGAACAUCAGGUGGAGGUGAGGGGCGGAGUCAACAACAGGAGGAGGAUGUUUUCUCGCUCCAGCAGCCUUCACUCUGAUGAAGAUGGCAGCGACUAUUCAACAGCCGACAGCAGCCAAUCAGAGGACAGCCAGCUGUCUGAGGCGGAGCCUGUGUCCGAGGAGGGAAACCACACCUCCAGGUCACCUGAUCGGAGACUCUCCUCCCCCACCCUAGAGGUGGUGCGGUAUACCCCCCAGCCUCCGUCCACGUCCCGGCCCCUGAUCAGAGCCCCUCGCUGCCUGCGGAGGAACUCCUCGCAGGUGUACCUGGGAGACUCCGCCCCUUACAGCCGUUACCGUGCCUCCAGCCAGAGGAAGAGGAGGAGGAUCUCCACCAUCUCAAAGGCCGGGAGCCCCUGGCCAGGAAGAGGCCCCCCGCUGCCCUGCCGCAAGAGCUCCGUGUACUACCUCAACCACCCCGCCUUCUACAGGGGCCCCGGGACCCCGAGUCCACUGGGGGCCCACGGCUACGACGCCCACCUGGAGAGCUGGAGCGACUUCCUGUUGUACGUGGUCGUAUGUUGUGGAGUUAGCCGUGUUUUAAACUCUGUAACGGUUCUUAACCCGCCCCCUGCCCUUUGACCCCCAGUUUCCACCGCAGCAGGAACGAGGCGUCCUUCUGCAUCUGAAGAUGUAGCAUCUAUGAUUUCCAGUUCUUAGUUGUCCUUUUCCAAAAGAGAGUUAGAUUUUGAUUUUGAUCCUCAGAGGAACGGAAAGAAGUCGGUGUAAAUUGACACGUUAGCUUGAAUGGUUCCGAUCAGCUACGAUCGGAGGAUACGACCUUUUAGGAGACGAUCAGGAUGAAGGUGGAGGUCAGGGGUUAGUGUUUAACAAUUGGACCCCAAAUCUUUCUGAGUCACCGUUCAGGUCUUCUUCAGGGCUAAAGUCUGGUUUAGGAUCCCUGACCCCCCUCAGGUCAGGUCUGGUCCUGGUCUUCCAGAGAUCAGGGACUCACCUGUAAUCAGUCAGACGUUCUUCAGCGGACCGUCACCUUCUCCGUGGAGCUGAACCUCAUUAGCAGCUGAAACUAACAAAGAAACGCUCUGACUCACAGCUGAGGCGCCGCGCUGUUACUGAGGCUAAUGAAUAGACCUGUGUGUGUGUGUGUGUGUGUGUGUGUGUGUGUGUGUGUGUGUGUGUGUGCGUGUGUGUGUGUAUGUGUGUCUGUGUGUUUGAUGGGAUGCCUGAGCAGGUAGAGGGGACUAUGGUGACGAUCAGACUCUCUGAAAUGAUUCUGAGAACAGCAGGAGGAAAGACUCGCUGACUCGUCUAUAUUUAACCAUGACGUAGAUAACAUAGAUGACAUAGAUGACAUAGAUAACAUAGAUGACAUAGAUGACAUAGAUAACAUAGAUGACAUAGAUGACAUAGAUGACAGAUAACUAGAUAACAUAGAUAACAGAGAUAACAUAGAUGACAUAGAUGACAUAGAUAUAGAUAACAUAGAUGACAGAUAACUAGAUAACAUAGAUAACAUAGAUGACAUAGAUGACAUAGAUAACAACGAUGACAUAGAUGACAGAUAACUAGAUAACAUAGAUAACAUAGAUGACAUAGAUGACAGAUAACUAGAUAACAUAGAUAACAUAGAUGACAUAGAUGACAUAGAUAACAUAGAUAACAUAGAUGACAGGUAGCAUAGAUGAUACAGAUAACAUAAAUGACAUAGAUAUAGAUAACAUAGAUGACAUAGAUGACAUAGAUAUAGAUAACAUAGAUGACAUAGAUAUAGAUAACAUAGAUGACAUAGAUAUAGAUAACAUAGAUGACAUAAAUGACAUACAUAUAGAUAACAUAGAGAUAACAUAGAUAACAUAGAUGACAUAGAUGACAUAGAUAACAUAGAUGACCUGUCGAUCAGAGAGGCAGAUCUCACAGCUGCUGACUCAGCGGUUUAUUCUCGUAGGUGGGUUCAGAACCAGAGUCCAGUCUCAGUAGGACUAAAGUCUUUUACGGACCCUCAGAGGACCAGAAGAACCUGGAGAACUGAGAACUGAAGUCCAGGUCUGAACCCGUGUCCUGAAAAGGUCUUUGUUUUUGUGGUCGUAGGAAAGCUCUGGCGAAGACGGGUCUGCAGCACGCCGGGACUCCAAACGCCCUGACGUCCGGGGAGGGAGACCCCCUUCAGGAGCCGAACAGCAGCGUGGACUGGACCGUGAGUUUCUGGUUCAGUGUGUGUGUGUGUGUGUGUGUGUGUGGUAUUCUGAUGGACCAGGAUCCUUCAGGUCCCCCUGAUCUGGAUCUCUGUUCUCUGCUGCAGGAGAACGCUCUGUUCGGGGACCACAUCUGGUUCGAGACGAGCGGGUCUGGAGACUUCUGCUAUGUUGGGGAGCAGUACUGCAUCGCUAAAUCCCUGGUGAGUCACAGCGCCCCCCCUGUGGUCAGACUGUGUCAUUACUUUGAUAUUGAUUUUAAUGGACACCUUGAUCCUGUAACUGCCGGUCUACAUGAAAACCCGGUUUAACUUCAGACUCCGCCCUCUCAGCUGAGUACCAAGAGUCCACGCGAUCGAUAUUUCUAUAAACGAUCAGAUACUCAAUCAAUCAACCAAUCGAUCAUUUUUUUGUAGCGCUAAAUCUCAACAAUCAUGACCUCCAGACUCUUCCCAGAAGAUCAGGUCCAGAUCGAACCCGGGUCCAGAGUUCAGCAGAAACUUUGAUUGAACCGCAGAGAUUAAAGUAACCGAAGAGUUCGGAUGUUUUCAAGGAGGGCGGAGCCAAAAAACGAUAAUGAUUUAUAUCCAAAAUCAAUUUACCUCAAUACCAAUAUCAAACAUGAUCAAUAUCCUUUUCAAUAGUCGUCAUUCUGACAUGUUUUGGUCGACUAUACGAACAGCCAAUGAAAAGGGGCGUGUCUCCGGGUCUGAACCAAUCAUGUUCUGAAUUAGAACCAAGUAUCAACCAACUGCAGCGUCGUAGCAGACAGCAGCUCCACCCAACCAUAGCACUUUAACAGGUGAAGCCGACAGCACUGUUGGUGAGAAACAAAGAAAAUGAGUGCUACCCCCGACAGAAAUGACCAUGAAGGCUCAACAGAUGACCACAUCAAUGUCAACCACAACACUGGCGUUAGGAAAACGGCGGUGGUGUGGAGGUAUUUUGGUUUUUGGAGGUCGGACAUGAAGCAGAGUAAUGUGGACUGUAAAUUAUGUCGAGUACAUGUUCUCACAAAGUCGGGGAAUACCUCAAAUCUUUUUCACCACCUGAAGCAGCGCCACGCCGCAGAGCACGCGCAACGCAAAAGGUUACGAACCCCGAGAGGAGCGAGGAGCCGAAACAGACGACCAUUCAGUCGGCUUUCUCUAGAAUUAACAAAGAGGAGGAGAUCAAACCAGAGGUCCAUAAAGACUCCGACCCUGAUCUCUCAGACCCUCAGAUUCUGAACUCGGUCUCUUAUCGUUGCAGCAAAAGUCGGUGGCGAGAAGGAAAUGUGCGGGCUGUAAGAUCUCGGUCCACACCAUGUGUAUGGAGCAGCUGGAGAAGGUGAGUCCGGAUCAUCACGUUUAACCGGACCGGGUUUUUUUUACUCCCUGUCCUCCUCACGGGCUUUUCUUCCUCUUUGCAGAUCAAUUUCAGGUGCAAGCCGUCUUUUAGGGAACCGGGAUCUCGAGCGGUCCGAGAGGUACGACCCAGUUCAGUCACAUGACUCUCUGACCCGGUCUGUGAUCAAACUGUCCAUUAACAACGGUUCUGUUUCAGCCCAACAUGGUGCGGCACCACUGGGUCCACAGGAGGCGCCAGACCGGGAAGUGUCGGCAGUGUGGGAAGGUGAGACUCCAUCGCCCCCUCAGGCUUUUAUUCUGAAAGGGUGUAGAGUCAGAGCGCUAACGGGUCUUUUAUUUUGUAGGGGUUUCAGCAGAAGUUUUCGUUUCACAGCAAAGAGAUCGUCGCCAUCAGCUGUUCGUGGUGCAAACAGGCGGUAAGUCCCGACCCACCUGUCAGGUUCCAGAGGGUUCAGGGACGCGGUCUCGGCUCUCAGGUGUGUUUCAGUGACAUCACUUCCUGUCUGUGUUUCAGUAUCACAACAAGGUGACGUGCUUCAUGCUGCAGCAGAUCGAGGAGUGCUGCUCUCUGGGAGCUCACGCCGCCGUCAUCGUCCCCCCAACCUGGAUCAUCAGGGUCCGCAGAACACAGGUAGGUCCCGGACCUGCAGACAGAUCCGGUUUCAGACUCUGACCGGAAUAACGGCUGAUGUUUGUUUGUGCAGACGUCUCUGAAGUCCAGCAAAAAGAAGAAAAGGACGUCUCUGAAAUGCAACAAGUCCAGCAAGAAAGGAUCAGAGGUGAGGAAGACCCGCUCCAACAGAACCGCUCCAACAGAACCGAACCAAAGAGGAGAUUUUCAGUCAUGACAGAGUUCGACAGUUCGACCGUUUCACUCAAAUUUACGUCUAAAGAUAGAUGUGUGUGAAAUGUCAAACGUAUUCAGGGUCAAUAAAAAAAAAUCAACAAAUGUUUAUUUUUCCUGUAAAUAAGGCGGUGAAGUUAGUUUCAGGUUGGAUAUAUUUUCCUGUAAAUACGGCGGUGAAGUUAGUUUCAGGUUGGAUAUAUUUUCCUGUAAAUACGGCGGUGAAGUUAGUUUCAGGUUGGAUAUAUUUUCCUGUAAAUACGGCGGUGAAGUUAGUUUCAGGUUGGAUGUAUUUUCCUGUAAAUACAGCGGUGAAGUUAGUUUCAGGUUGGAUAUAUUUUCCUGUAAAUACGGCGGUGAAGUUAGUUUCAGGUUGGAUAUAUUUUCCUGUAAAUACGGCGGUGAAGUUAGUUUUAGGUUGGAUAUAUUUUCCUGUUAAUACGGCGGUGAAGUUAGUUUCAGGUUGGAUAUAUUUUCCUGUAAAUACAGCGGUGAAGUUAGUUUCAGGUUGGAUAUAUUUUCCUGUAAAUAAGUUAGUUUCAGGUUGGAUAUAUUUUCCUGUAAAUACGGCGGUGAAGUUAGUUUCAGGUUGGAUAUAUUUUCCUGUAAAUACGGCGGUGAAGUUAGUUUCAGGUUGGAUAUAUUUUCCUGUAAAUAUGGCGGUGAAGUUAGUUUUAGGUUGGAUAUAUUUUCCUGUAAAUACGGCGGUGAAGUUAGUUUCAGGUUGGAUAUCUGACGGACAUUCUCUGAGGAUCUACCGGUGUCUUCUCUCUCUCCAUAACCGGGAAUAACAACAGCAGCGCGGUUAAAUCUACUCGACACCCUCACUGUCAACGUCUGUGUUGAAUAAGGGACCGUCAAUAAAUUACCGGUUGAUGUUCUCAGAAAAGGCUGUUUUCCUUCAAUAGCUUCACUGUCAUGUGACCAAAAGACCUAAAAUUGAUUUCUAAUAAUAGUACUAAGGUCGAUCAAUAAGACAAACAUUAUUGAUCAGUUUUCAUUGAUCCCCUAAAGUUCUUUGUGCUCCUAACUUUUUAACUCAGGAGAACAAAGUUAGAGUCAAACCCUUCUUGAGAAACUGUCGACACAGCGUCCUGAUUCUCUUAAUGCUGAGUCAGAGGAAGUUCAACCAAACUUCGUUAAGAAAAAAAACAUUUAAAGUUUUUUUUUUUUUCCUCUUCUGGAGACAGACGCAAAAAAUCCUGAAUUUAGACUUUUGAUAAACCUGUUUUAUAAAAUAUGAAAUUAUCAAAUAAAAACAGUAAAACUGAGAGUCAGUAAAGACGGAUCACACAGGGACCCAAAGACUCAGAGAGAGGAGCAGUGACUCAUGAGUCUCAGUGGAGACAGGUGGACCACAGCUCAAACUGAGUGUCUGGUCCUGGUCCUGGUCUGAGCCUCCAGGUCACCAUCAGGAUCUGGUUGAUCCAGACUGAUGGAGGAGAAGGUGAGGUUCAUCCAGCUGAAGGAUGUGGUUGUUUUCUCCUCUGGGUUCAUGAGUCGUUGUUGUCUUAAAUCUUCUUAAGGUCAUAUCUGCUCAUCUUCUCAGGUCCAAGAUGGCCGCUGGAAGCCCUUCCUGGUGAAGCCCCUCCCCUCUCAGCUCAUGAAGCCUCUGUUGGUGUUCGUGAACCCGAAGAGUGGAGGAAACCAGGUGGAGACACGCUCCAUCUUGACCUGUUUUUACCCAGAAUCCUGUUCUUGGUUAAUCUGACCGAUUCUCGUGUCUCACUGUCAGGGAGCCAAGAUCAUCCAGUCCUUCAUGUGGUACCUGAACCCCCGACAGGUGUUCGACCUGACCAAGGGUGGACCCAAAGAGGGGUGAGCAUGAACCCAGCAGCUCCGCCGUUUAAUGUAGAAGUUCAGGGAGGGGGUCUGAGUCCUCCUGGGUCCAAAGUCCGUCUGUGACUCGUCUAAGAAAGUCCAGGUCCUCAUUCAAUCGUUCAGCGAUCUCAGACUUCACAUGUUCUCUGUUCACUCUGUACAAAACUGAUCAGUUAGUUAUUGAUCAGACAUUUUCAAUGAUCGGUGAGACGAGUUAUAAAAUCAGCUGAGAGGGGACAACCUCAGAAGAAGUCUGACAAGAACAAACACAAGUUUCCUGGUUUAUUUUGUUCUGUCGGAGGACUUGGCGAAGCGUCUGCUCCUCCUCCUCCUUCUCCUCCUCCUCAGGGAGCGCGGCGUUUCCAAAGAGCGUGCUGACCUGUUCAUUAAGAACUCAGAGUGGAUUCUCAGCAGGAACCGCUUCCCCAAAAACAUCUGAAUGGAUUUAUGAUCCGUGAUUUACAACCGUGUCGGAGCGAGAGACAAAACGCUCCAACGCCAUCACAUUUCACAGACAACGCUAACAGAAUCAUGUCGGCAGAGUUGAUCAAUAAUUUCUCUGACCUCGACUUACAUCCAGUUCCCAAACACACGUCAGCAACACGCCAAAAUAAAACGACUGGAGCCGUAGAUUUGACCACAUCGUAAUAAAAGAACCUUCACAUGAUGAAUUCAGUUUAAUCAACAGGAAAGGAUUUCAAUCAAUCAAUGAUCAAUAAUCUGAAACGCUUCGUCUCUGAUUUGUUUCUGUUAAAUGUUGUUGGAGGAACGCACGACUGUGAGUGUUCACCGCCAUGAUUUGGGAAAAAAUACAUUCAGGCAUUUUCAAAGGGAUUGUUGAUACCAUAUAUGGUCAGUUGGAGGCGUGUCUAAAUGUUAAUGACCCUAACCAUGAACGAGCACGCCAGGAAAGAAGAGGCGGGAUUUAUCAUCACCGAUCACUGACGUGUUCGUACGACCUUACGGGUUUCAUUCCUACGACAGAAUCUAGAACCUUUUCUACGAUAAACGAAGACCCCGGUCCAACAGUCAAACAGGAACUUUAAGGUCAGGUCAGCCGUCAGGGUUUGAGGUUCUGGGUGAGUUCUGAAUCCAGAACUCGGCGUUCCUUCAGUCCGUUUGACCCGGGUUCGGUUUUUUCUCCUGCAGACUGGAACUGUACGCCAAAGUGCCCAACCUGAGGAUCCUGGCCUGUGGGGGGGACGGGACGGUGAGUCACACUUUAUCAGCCUCAAACACACGAGAGGCGGAGCUUACAGGAGGGGCGGGGUCUGAGAGCUGGAGUCAGAAUCAGUGGAUGAGACGACCUGCCUGAACUAACUCUAGGAUCUGAACUGAACCAGGUCAGCAUGUUCCUGAGGAGUGUGUGUGUGUGUGUGUGUGUGUGUGUGUGUGUGUGUGUGUGUGUGUGUGUGUGUGUUCAGGUGGGUUGGAUCUUGUCUGUUUUGGACCAGUUGAAGCUCCGCCCUCAGCCCCCCGUGGGAAUCCUUCCUCUGGGGACCGGGAACGAUCUGGCUCGGACCCUGAACUGGGGCGGGGUGAGGUCUCUUAGAGUUUUUCAGGGUUCAUUUUAGUCCCACAUCAACACCAGCUAAACUCCGCCCCCUUCCCCUAGGGCUACACCGACGAGCCAAUCACAAAGAUCCUCUCACACGUGGAGGACGGGAACAUCGUCCAGCUGGACCGCUGGAACCUGAACGUGGAGCCGAACCCUGAGGCCCGCCCUGAGGACCAGGAUGAACACCAGACAGACAAGGUGAGCCGGGUUCUUGAACCAGAACUGGGGCCUCAUGUAUCAACACUUGCGUGGAACUCAUACCAGAAACAAGCGCACGCAAGGUCCGUAACGCUGAAAAAAAUCCGUAUGUAUCAAUGUGUGCGGGCGCCGAAAUCCACGUGUGUUUCCUUGAUAAAUCCCAAUCAGCGUGGAAUUGAGCGCAGAAGUCGGAGUGACUGGGCCAGCCCCCGUUACGCCCUCCUAUAAAUAUGCAGAUUUAUUUAAAUAGGGUCUCCCUGUCCUCGCACGCAGACAAAAUGACAAGAAAAACUAAAUUUACGGCGUGCGAGGUGGAGGUGCUGGUGGCGGAGGCGGAGGAGCGACAGCGUGUUUUGUUUGGCAGCCUGUCCAGUGGCGUCAGUGCAAAACAAAAACGCUUGGAGUGGGAGAAAUUUUGCGAGAGGGUGAAUGCGGUGGGUUCCGAGACACGCACCCCCGCGGAGAUUAAAAAAAAGUGGUCGGACCUCAAGGUGGAGGUCAAGCGGCGUACAGCUGCCCUCCGGAGGAGUACCGGCCAGACAGGUGGGGGUCCGGGGGAGGAGACCCUCACACCGUUUGAGCAGCGGGUGGUGGCGAUUAUUAUUAUAGGGUAAGUGGCGUGUCACACAAAUGUCCACAUGCUUUGUCAUCCCACUGAGCAAAAGACGUAUAUUAGACAUCUAGUCUAAGUUUAUACUUCAUUUCAACGUCGGGAUUCAGUCUAUUUUGAGACGUGAUUUAUACUUCACCCUUAACUUCAUUUUUUGAUAACUUUUUAUGCAAUAAACAACUGUAAUGUGCAUAACUGACCUCGAAAUAUUGGAUUACAUUACCUAUGAUACCGUGGAGAGAGAUGUAAACGCAACAGAUACACAGAAGCAGGAAUUGAAAUGAACUAAUAUUUUUAUUGUGUCACAGAAAUUAAUGUGUCGGCCGUGUCGCCGGCUUGUGGAACCCCGGCCCGCGGCAGCCCGUCCGCCGGCUCGGAGUCGUCGGCCAGGACCAGCGGCAUUCGGGCCACCCCGGCCCCCGGCCCCAGCACCAGCAUCAGCACCAGCGCGCCGACAAGCGGUGGAGCGUCCACCAGCCGCGGCGCUUCCGCUGGACCACCCGGACGCAGUGGAAGGGUCCUCGCGGAGGGGGUCCUGCAAUCGCAGGAAGAAAUCAUCAGGGGGAUCGCGGGGAUCAACGAGCGGCUGGACCGGCUCGUAAAUUUCCUCGAGCGUCUGGUGGAGAAAAUAAAUUAAUUUGGCUCAUUGAACUGUGUAUUCACUUCUUACCCAUUCACACUGUGGCGAUGAGAUUCUCCCGCGCGAGGACGGCGGCCCGGCAGGGAUCAGCUCGCAUCCCUCCGUCUGCUGCUGGUUCGUCAUGUGGGGCGACGUGCUGCUCGGCCACGGGGAUGUGGUGCACGCUUGUCACAUAGUGAGUCACCAAACACCGCCACACAGCGUCGCCAAAGUGCGAAUCACAGUCAACGCAAAUAUCCAGCUCAACGCCAAUUUCUACACCACCUCCUGACUUUGCGUUGAUUAGCGCUGGAACCGACGCUCGUUUCGCGAUGAUAAAUCUGGACGUGUGCGCCGAUUUUGGCGUACGCAAGGUUUUCUUGCGCCGCAAGCGUUGAUACAUGAGGCCCCUGGUCUGUAAACGCUCGCUCCGUCUGAUGACGUCUGUCUCUGUCCGUCAGCUCCCCAUCGACGUCUUCAACAACUACUUCAGUCUGGGCUUCGACGCUCACGUCACGCUGGGCUUCCACGAAUCCAGAGGUUAGUCCACACACACACACACACGCACACACACACACACACACACACACACACACACACACACACACACACACACACACACAUCAGAAAACCUACCGGAGCCUGUCAGGGACAAAAACUCCGAACUUUGAUUAAUUCUCGUGUUUUCUCGUGUUUUCCUCGUCUCAGAGGCGAACCCCGAGAAGUUUAACAGCCGCUUCAGGAAUAAGAUGUUCUACGCCGGCGUGAGUCCGCUCUCCUCAUCCUCACUUUUCUCAUCGACGCGUUAAAACGUUUCUAACGUUUGUUCUUCCUGUUUGUGACAGACCGCCUUCUCAGACUUCCUCAGCGGGAGCUCCAAAGACCUCGCCAAGCACAUCCGAGUGGUGGUGGGUUCAACUCCCGUACUGUCAGUGGGUACAGAUGGUUAAAGCAGACACGGGGAUUUAGGCGUGACCUCAUGAGGUCAUAACCCCGCGUCACGAGGUGACGGCGCUCUGGUUUUAGGGUGACGUUAAUCCAACAGAAUAUUUGUUUUUACUUCCUGCUCUGAUCUGUGUAUAAAGUGAUAUGAUUGGUUUAAGAGGUUAAGGGGUGUGUCGGUGUGUCUCAGUGUGACGGCACAGACCUGACCGCCAAAGUCCAGGACAUGAAGCUGCAGUGUCUCCUCUUCCUCAACAUCCCCAGGUACGCUAUAAAACCACACGCACCUUUAAAACCCGAUCGUUCCUGUUCAGGGCGUUUGUGAGUCACAGUGUGUCAGUCUGAGUAACAGGUGAGUGUCGUCCAGGUACUGCGCCGGAACCGUACCGUGGGGUCACCCCAGCGAGCACCAGGACUUUGAGCCUCAGCGCCAUGACGACGGCUGCAUCGAGGUCAUCGGGUUCACCAUGACCAGUCUGGUAAGAUCCAUGUUCACCUGUAGGCCCCUCCCCCAGGUGUUCACCUCACCUGUGUUUGUUACCUGUGAGGUACACACAAGUAUACACCUGUGUGUACCUUCAUGAUUAGAUGUUUGUUUGAUGUUUGACCUGAAGUAACCCACACUUCCUGUUACCUUCCACAUCAGCUGUGUACACCUGUGUGUGUACCUGUGUGUGUACCUGUUUGUGUACCUGUGUGUGUACCUGUGUGUGUACACCUGUGUGUGUACCUGUGUGUGUACCUGUGUGUGUACCUGUGUGUGUACCUGUGUGUGUACACCUGUGUGUGUACCUGUGUGUGUACCUGUGUGUGUACACCUGUGUGUGUACUUGUACUUCACCUCCUGAUAUCUGUGUUUAACUAGUUUCCUUUUCGUGGUCAUCUUCUAUUUUUGUUUAACCUGAGUGGUCCAUGGUUACCUGUAGUCCAUGGUUACCUGUAGUCCAUGGUUACGUCCAUGGUUACCUGUAGUCCAUGGUUACCUGUAGUCCAUGGUUACCUCUAGUCCAUGGUUACGUCCAUGGUUACCUGUAGUCCAUGGUUACGUCCAUGGUUACCUGUAGUCCAUGGUUACCUGUAGUCCAUGGUUACCUGUAGUCCAUGGUUACCUGUAGUCCAUGGUAACCUGUAGUCCAUGGUUACGUCCAUGGUUACCUGUAGUCCAUGGUUACCUGUAGUCCAUGGUUACCUGUAGUCCAUGGUUACCUGUAGUCCAUGGUUACCUGUAGUCCAUGGUUACGUCCAUGGUUACCUGUAGUCCAUGGUUACGUCCAUGGUUACCUGUAGUCCAUGGUAACCUGUAGUCCAUGGUUACCUGUAGUCCAUGGUUACCUGUAGUCCAUGGUUACCUGUGCUCAUUUGUACGUCACCUGUAGUAAACAUUGUGUUACCUAGGUUACCUGGGUUCAACACAUGCAUACCUGUUUUACUGAAGAUCACCUGUGGUCCUUUCUAUGUUACCUGAGAUCUACCUGUGAUGACUCUUAAGUUGCCUGUGUUACCAUAGUAACACACGUUACCUGUGGUGGACCCUGUGUUACCUUUGUUUGAUUAACCUUGAUUAAUUGUCUUCAUGUUACCUGUGUCUCACCUGUGUCAGUGUGUACGUCACCUGUAGUGGUUGUUGUGUAACUCGUGUGUUCACCUGUGGUUUACCUGUGCUUCCUGGGGUCUACAUUUGCAUCACCUGUGUCUCACCUGUGUCUCACCUGUGUCUCACCCGUGUCUCACCUGUGUCUCACCUGUGUCUGCACGUUCACACUGCCUCUCUCUCCCCCCGUGUCCAGGCCACGCUGCAGGUGGGGGGUCACGGCGAGCGGCUCCAUCAGUGUAAGGAGGUGACCCUGACCACCUUUAAGUCCAUCCCCAUGCAGGUGGACGGGGAGCCGUGUAAACUGGCGCCCUCCGUCAUCCACAUCGACCUGAGGAACCAGGCCAACAUGGUGCAGAAGGCCAAGAGGAGGAUCUCCAUGCCCCACCUGAACGAGUAACUACCUCACCUUUAUUAGAGUACUAAUACUCUGAUUAUUGCAGUACACCUGCCCCUGGUAUUAAAGUACAAAUACACAGAGCUGUGGCGUACAGGUGUGUGUUACCUGUGCGUGUGAUCGUACUGUGAUGUUUGUGUGCAGUCAGCAGCCCGUUCCUGAGAAGCUGCAGAUCCGAGUGAACAGGAUCAGCAUGGCGGCGUACGAAGCUCUUCACUACGACAAGGACCAGCUGAAGGAGGCGUGUGAGUCAGCGAGGGGUUAACCGAGUCCCUACGAACCAAAACUGUCUUUAGUUAUUAAAAUAAACUCGGUUAAAACAGAGAAGAACUCAGGUUUGACAAACUCUCUCUCUAAGUUUGUUUCAGUGACAGUGAUGCAGGAGUCGGUCCUGAUGUCAGUAUAAAAGACGUCUUUUCUCCUUUUUUUGAGAUUGUGAUAAAAACGGUCCUAAAGGUUUUUCAAUUUAAUCACUUAUUUCAUCAAAGCAAUAAAAAAAAAAAAAACUGGAAAGAAAAAAAUUUGGGGGGGGGAAUGUUGGUCUAAAACAGUAUUUUUCUUUAAAGUCAGUUAAUAUGUUUGUUUUUGUUUCUGUUUUUGUUUGUUUUUGUUUCUGUUUUUUGUUUGUUUUUCGUUUGUUUGUUUUUGUGUUUGUUUGUUUGUUUUUAGUUUGUUUGUUUGUUUGUUUCUGUUUCUGUUUCUGUUUUCUGUUUGUUUUUGUUUGUUUGUUUGUUUGUUUGUUUUUUUGUUUGUUUGUUUGUUUGUUUGUUUGUUUGUUUUUCGUUUGUUUGUUUCUGUUUGUUUUCUGUUUGUUUUUGUUUGUUUGUUUUUGUUUGUUUGUCUGUUUGUUUCUGUUUCUGUUUUCUGUUUGUUUUUGUUUGUUCGUUUGUUUGUUUCUGUUUCUGUUUUCUGUUUGUUUUUGUUUGUUUGUUUUUGUUUCUGUUUUCUGUUUGUUUUUGUUUGUUUGUUUGUUUGUUUUUGUUUGUUUGUUUCUGACUGAGUUGUUGUUUUUCGUCCCGCAGCGAUGCCGCUCGGAGUCAUCACAGUUCCUGGAGACAGCGACCUGGAAACUUGCCGCCUGCUGAUCGACCGUCUGCAGGACAACCUGGACCAGGUGCUCCCCACAUUAAAAUUACCGUAAAUACCCUAAUACAGGUCACAUGAGGUAGCAGGCCUUUAUAUGAAACAGGCUUUUAUUAGAAACAGACGUUUCCACCAGAUCCUCCCUGCCUGAGGAGUUUUAGUGUUUUUAAAGUGGAUUUAUUGAAUUUCUUUAUCAUUAAAAUUUUAUUGAACUUUUAUUUGAAUUUCAGCAGCAGGUAAAUCUGACCUCUGACCUUUUCCUUCAGGACUGUGAGGAGAUGAAGGGGGAGUGUGUGUCCUCACAGAAACUCUCCAUGAAGUGGUGUUUCCUGGACUGUGAGUCCACACACACACACACACGCACACACACACACGCGCACACACACGCGCACACACACGCGCAUACACACACACACACGCACACUCACACACUCUGAAACCUGAUCUGUGCUCUCUACUCCAGGUACGACUGCGGAUCGUUUCUACAGGAUCGACCGAGCUCAGGUGAGACAGCAGCAGCAGCAGCAGCAGGAAGUUGAUUGGACGGACGUUUGACCCGUGGUCACCGUGAACACCUCAGACUCACGCCGUCAUUUUUUACUUCCUGUUGAUUUUUCAUGAAUCGACCUGAAUCACGUUAAAAAUCAUGUUUACCUGAGAAACUGUUUCCUGACGUCUCCAGGAGCACCUGAACUACGUGACGGAGAUCUCGCAGGAGGAGCUCUACAUCCUGGACCCUGAGCUGGUCGCCAAGGAGACGGUGGGCACCUCUCCAGGUAUGCCGGACCUGGUGGACUCUGAGGGACACCAGGAACAGCCGAAACAGUUCGCCUUCCCCUGCUCGCCGUCCUCCACCACGCCCAGGUGAGGGUCAGGUGUCUGUUGAGCGUGAAUCCAUUUUUAUGGUUGUGGUGUCGUCGUCGUGAUCUUCAUCUUUAGAGUUUAAGAGCAAAAAAAAAUAAAAAAACGUAAAAACUUCACCUGGUAAAUGUGACCGACCUUCAAACUCAGCGUUGAGCAGUGGUUUACCUGAGAGCGUUUCCACCAUCAGCAGAUCUGUUCUGUGUGGGUGGAGCUCCACCUGCUGGAUGGAGCAGGUACUGCAGCUUCAGAGGGAGCUGGACAUCAAACCUGCAGCUUCAGAGGAGAAGAUACAGUCCGUCAGAAAAACUGUGUAUAACACAGCGUGUGUGUGUGUGUGUGUGUGUGUGUGUGUGUUUGUGUGUGUGUGUUCAGGGUGAGGGAGUUCCAGAGGAAGAGGAUCUCCAGUGACAGCUCUGUGGCUGAUGCUCUGUCCGAGAGCUCGUCGAAGACUGCCCUCUGCAGGUACUACACACACAUAAACACACACACACACACACACACACACACACACACACACACACACACACACACACUCAGGCUAAAGGAGGUCGGAGUCGUUUCAGAGCCCCUCAGAGUCUCUUUGGGAUCCUGAGGUGUGUGUGGUCCUCAUGUUGUGUGCCUUGUUGUUCUUGUCCUGCGUGUGCAUGUGUGUGUGUGUGUGUGUGUGUGUGUGUGUGUUUGUGUGUGCGUGUGUGUGUGUGUGUGUAUCUGCCGUCAUGUCAAGGUCACCUGAGGAAACACCUGGAGAACCUCUCAGCUGUUCUGGGUCCAUCCUGUUUUUUUUAAGCGACUCAAACAGAUUCAAGUUUCCUGUCACUCAUUUUCAGAGUACUCAGUAGUACUGCAGGUACACAGUACCUGAUACUGCAGUACUGAGAACAAAGUACCUGAUACUGCAGUACUGCAGAGUCUCACCUGUCCUUGUUUACCUGUGGUGUGUAUUUGUGUGUUUGUGUGUCUAAGGAGAGGAGCAAAGAUCCUCAAUGUUCAUCGCUCCAACACAACGCUCGCCGAUUUCAAACCCAUCAUUAGGUAACGCUGUUCGCCGUGUACAUACGUGUGUGUGUGCGUGUGUGUGUGUGUUCAGUGUGUUUCUUGUGUGUUUGUAUAGAGUCAGAUCUGUUCCCCUCGCUCACACACCUGUCCUGGUUUUUCUCCCUCACAGUCCCUCCAGUGCUACCUCACACGACCCUGACAAAGGUAAAAGUUCCUCCUAUUGGCUGCACAUUUCCAUCAUCUUAGAAUAGGCCCCGCCUCCACUGGGGCUGAUAGCCAAUCAUUGUUGAGGAUUCCUCACUGGCAGGUUCAGAUUGAGGUUCAGGUUUGAAAAGGGACCAAAAAAAAACCAUCAAAAGAAACGAAUUUACUGAAGUUUGAUUUAAAAAGGAGCAGAAGAAUUUAACUUUAAUUAGCUCUGAAACGUGAUAUUAUUGUGUUUUUAUUACAGGAUAAUUUUAAAAUUUAGACUAAAUUCUUAUAUAGGAUAUUUUAACAAAUAAAUAAUUCAACUCAAGUGUGAAAAAGUGAGUAAAGAUUGUUACACAAAGUCAAAAUAAAAUUUCAAUAAAGUUAAAAAACUAAAUAAAAUAUGAAAAACAAAAAACAAAAUCUGCAACUUCAAAAUUAGAAGAUAUUUUCAGUGAAGUGCUUAAAGAUCAAAUCUUUUCUACCAAAACAAGUUAAAAAGUUAAAAAAUUUCUGUAGAAAAAUGUAAAUUUCUGAGUUUUAAUUUUCCUCAAGAUCAGACGAGGUUAAAACCCGCAGAAACAAACUGAAACAGUCAUAUUAGAGUGAUGAAUUCAUGAAAGAAAAGGGGAAAAAUGGAGUUGAGAAAGAAAAAAAAUAGAUGAAGCUUUAAAAGUGCGUUAAACAGGAUGAUCACUGACGUGGAUGUCUUUGUUUUUCAGAUGCAGAAUUAAUAAACUGCAUCAAGACUGAAGAUCUGAACAGAGUGAGUCUGAAACCUCGAAACCCUGAACUCUCAACCUGACCGCUCACCUUCUCCUCCUCAUGUUAAUAAUGUUGUUAUAAAUGUUAAUAAUGAUGUUAUUAAUGCUUAUUAUUUUGUUAUUAAUGUUAAUAAUGCUGUUAUUAAUGUUAAUUAUGUUGUUAUUAAUGUUUAUUAUGCUGUUAUUAAUGUUAAUAAUGUUGUUAUUAAUGUUUAUUAUGCUGUUAUUAAUGUUAAUUAUGCUGUUAUUAAUGUUAAUAAUGUUGUUAUUAAUGGUAUUAGUGUUUUGAAUGUUAUUAGUGUUGUUAUUAAAGUUAGUAAUGUUGUUAUUUUAGUUAAUAAUGCUGUUAUUAAUGUUAAUAAUGUUGUUAUUAAUGGUAUUAGUGUAUUAAAUGUUAUUAAUGUUGUUGUUGUUUGUUGUUGUUGUGCAGCUGAUGGAGCUCCACCAGCAGGGGGCAGACCUCCUGCUGCAGGACGCCGCCGGCUGCACGCUGCUGCAUCAUGGCGUGGAGGCCGGCAGCAAAGAGAUCCUCAAGUACCUCAUUGACAACGGUGUGACAUUUGGACUUCUUAGAAAAAAGAGGAAACUUUAUUUAAAUGUUAAAAUUCAACAAACUUCCUCUUAGACUAACUUUUAAAAACCACAGUCAGGUUUUUACUGAUUCAUUCUGUGUCUAAAACUGAAACUUUUACGUCGAGGACAGAAAAAAGAAAGGGUCAGGGGUGUGUCCAGAGGGGUGGCGCCCUAAAAUCACCAGUUGUGAUUGGCUCAGUUAUUCUGGCUGCUCGUUUCUCUCUUUAGAUCAAAUUUACACUUUAGUUUCUGAUCAGACAGGUGUCAGGGAUUCGUUUUUGUUAUACCACCACUGGGGGGCGCCAACAGCGGAUCAUUAGACAGAGAGUAGAAGAUGAAGUCCUGAUGAAGCCCUCAGAGGUUUUUGUUUCAGUCCAGAGGUUUCUAGACGCUCGUGCUCGUCAGUCUUUAGAGAUCUUUGCUCUGAUUUAAACUCUUCGUCUGUUCGGUUUUAGUGUUCCUCUUUUCCAGCAGCUGAUGUUCUUAGAGGAGCUUUAAACCGCUGAAAACCUGACCCAACAGGAAAUCCACGUUCUGGUUUUUCUGCUCCGUCUCCUUUUGUCUGUCAGAGAGCUCAGAGUCCUCCAACCAUGAUGGUGAUCUUAUCUGUGUGCUCACCUGCAGCAGGACGGCGUCACAUACUUCACAUACACCUGAACAUGAAUGUAGAAGAUCCAGUCGGACCAGUUUGAUUCUGAACAUUUUCAGACUGGAGAGGACUCACAGUGAUCCAGACUGAAGGAUGUUCUGAUUUUAUGAUCUCCUCUUUAGUUUUUCUGCACAUUUAAUCUAAAAACCUGUUUGUAUGUUUUUGUUCUCAGUUCCUACAUCUCAUCUGGACAUCACAGAGAGAGAGACGUGAGUCCACUUCAGUCCUCAAAACCUCUAAACCUGCACCCACAGACCAGUUCUGGUCUCUCAGGGUCUAAAUCUGAGUUUGUGUUUUUCAGAGGAGAGACGGCGCUCCACAAAGCCGCCUCCUCCUGUCAGAGGAGCAUCUGUCACUGCCUGGUGGAGGCCGGGGCGUCGCUCAUGAAGACGGACCUGCAGGUAAACAAUGCUCACCUGUGAGGGUCUCCAGGACUCCUGUGAGGGUCUCUAGUUAUACCAACUCUAUUAACGACCGCAGAUAGCAAUACAGAGAGCCACGCCCUCAACCAAAACGCCACUCUAUAGCCAAAAAUAAUGCUCAGAACAGCACCUAACUUCAUCAACAGGACAUAUAGGGUCACAGACAUAGUACAGUAGAACAGUAGACGGGGUGUUUCUUCACUUCUGUAGUCUAUAAGCUGGGCCAAUAAACUUGUUAAAUAAAAAGGUAAAGGUGUUUUUUUGAAGCCGAAUUAUCAAUAAAAUUGUGAUUUUGUUAACAGGUAUGGAUUUAUGUGCUGUCGAGUUAAUAUAUUUGAACAAGAGCACAGUAAAGUUAAAUCAGCUAAUUUUCCAAUGAGGUUCUGUUACUGAACGGAGCUACACCAUGAUCUACUGAGGUUAGUACAUAUAGGGUCACAGACAUAGUACUAGACACCAAACAUCUUUUUAACUUUGACUCAUUUCUUUAGCAAAGAGACUAAACACAACUCACCUACUCUCUUCCAGCAGACGCUUGUUUGUACUGAGACCUCAGGCCAGUCCAUUACAGACUACAGCGGGGUGCCGCAGCUCAAGGAAGAACAUUUAUGAUCAUUUCCUUGAAGUAAUAAUCACCAUGCUGUUGUCAGAAUCUGGUUUGGGAUCAUAUGAAGGUCUUUGUCUAGAUGGACGCAGAUGUUGCUCUUAAACCUGGAGAUGUUGUUUAAAACUGAGGAUGCAGCAUCUAUGAUUUCCAGUUCUACGUUAAGCCCAGUUGUCUUUUCCAAAAGAGAGUUAGAUGUUGAUUUUGAUCCUCAGAGGAACGGAAAGAAGUCGGUGUAAAUUGACACGUUAACUUGAAUGGUUACGAUCAGCUACGAUCGGAGGAUACGACCUUUUAGGAGACCAUCAGGAUGAAGGUGGAGAUCGGGGGUUAGUGGACGGCUCCUGGUUCAGCAGGCGCCGUGAUGUCCGUGUGAGUUCUGACAGGUCCAGGUAGAGUUCUGGUUCUGUAUGUUUAUAAUGAAAACCCAGAGUCCCUCAAACCUGCUGGUUCGAUGACCUGGCUCUGGUGAACCGUCUCGGUCCGCCCUGUGAGGCGAUGUUCUCAGGCGCAGAGAUGACCACCGUCCUGACCCCCCGGCCCCCCCUUAGAUGGAUCUCCUGCAGGAUCUGACCCACUUCUAUAAAGUGAUUAAUGUUGUGUGUCAUUGAGAAACCGAGCGCUGCAGGAUCCCGGGCCUCGCUCCGACACACACAAAGACCGCCGCUCUCCGUCGCCAUGGUGAAGUCAGUGGUAACAGGAAGCAGCCCAUAAUCUGAGUUUUCUUCUCCUUCUUCUCCUCCGCGGCCAAUGAAAAGACUUGUGUGUGUGUGUGUGUGUGUGUGUAAGUGUGUGUGUGUGUGUGUGUAACUGUGUGUGUGUGUGUGUGUGUAACUGUGUGUGUGUGUGUGUGUGUGUGUGUGUUUCCAGUGUUGGUGUGCCGCCCAGAUCCACUGCAGAGACUUUAUCCUUCCUUUUUUCUCACACCAUCCAUCAUUCAUUCAUCAUUCAUCCAUCUAUCUGUCCAUCAAUAAUUCACUCAGUCAUUUAUCAUCCAUCCAUCCAUCCAUCCAUCAUCUGUCCAUUCAUCCAUCAUCUAUAGUUCAUCCAUUCAUCCAUCCAUAGUUCAUUCAUCCAUCAUCAUGUGUCCAUCCAUCUAUCUAUCUAUCUAUCAAUCAUUCAUUCAUUCAUUCAUUCAUCAUCCAUAAUUCAUCAUCCAUCCAUCCAUCCAUCAUUCAUUCAUUUAUUUAUCAUCCAUCAUCUAUAGUUCAUCCAUUCAUCAUCCAUCCAUCCAUCUAUCAUUCAAUCAUCUAUCUAAUCCAUCCAUCCAUAUUUCAUUCAUCCAUCAUCAUGCGUCCAUCUAUCUAUCUAUCUAUCUAUCAUUCAUUCAUUCAUUCAUCAUCCAUAAUUCAUCAUCCAUCCAACAUCAUACAUACAUUUAUAAUUCAUUCAUCAAUCAUCCAUCCAUCAUUUAUUAAUUUAUUAUCCAUCACCCAUCCAUCAUUCAUUCAUUCAUUCAUUCACAUAUAAACCCUUUCACAGGAAGUCUCAGUGUAGAAGAAGAACUUCUUUAACAGGCAGACCCAGAGUCCAGGAUGUGGUCUGAGGUUCUUGACUGAAGGUCUCGGUCUCUUUCAGGGUGAGACCCCCAAACAGCGAGCUGAGAAGGCCGACGACCAGGAACUGGCUGAAUACCUGGAGAACCGCCAACAUUACCAGAUGAUCCAGAGGGAGGACCAGGAGACGGCGGUCUGAGGUCCAUCCUGGGUCCAGAUCCUCCGUCUGUCUUUAGGUCUUUGAGUGUAUGAAUGUGUCUCCGCUCCAGAACAUGGACUGAGGACACAUCAGCGCGUACGUAGAGGCAGGUAGACACGUGUCCACGGAUCAUUAACGUCUCGUCAUUCAGCCAUGAAGCUUCGCUCUGAUGAAGUCGGGUUUGUAGACGUACAGACCGCCUCUGUCCUCAGCUGGAGUCCAAACUAAAGACCAGAAAACCCUGCGGACACUAAGCGGUCUCUCUCUCUCAGAACUUCCUCAAACUGCUUUUUGAAUGUGUCUUUAUCGCCUCGGCGGCGGCGGCGGCGGCGUUAGCGCUCUGACCUCUGUUAAAGACGACCGUGUGUGUGUGUAGAGAAAGUGCUGCUGUGAGCGAACACUGACUGUAUUCAUGGCGCCGUCUGCAGCUGAACGCCGUGAACCGCCAGCUUCUGCCAUAUCAGAUAGAGCGGCUGCAAAAACGUGUCUUCUUCUUCUUCUUCUUCUUCUUCUUCUUCUUCUUCUUCUUCUUCCAGCUUCUAGUGACCUUUUGGAUGUACUUGUUGACUCAGCAGAAAUAAGUGUUUAUUUAACUUAGACACACGAUCUAUUUAUGAUUUACUUGUAGAGAUAAAAACACAUUUUUCUUGUGAUCAAACUGAGAGAAGCGAGUCUGCUUCAGUCUGACUUUUAGCUAUUUGACUUUGUCUGUUUUCGUCUGUUACGUAACUUUAAAGGACGCUUUCAUCGUGACCGUCGUCUGUGUAAAUAGCUGAGGCGUGUGGGAAGUGUGAACCAGAAGCUGAUGCCUGUUUCUGCCAAAGCGGUUUAGUCUGUAUUAAUAACAAUAACAUAACCUUCAUAAAGACGUUUUACUGUCUGAAUAUUGGAGUAAUAACUGUUUUUCUUUGGUUUUAUCAUUUCUGAGUGACCUGCAAUAAAGCAUGUCAGUUACAGC